UUCUCGAUGGCUUCAAUGUUGUGAACGUGAAUUACUUAUUUUCAUAAUACAUAUGUGUUUACUCGACAAUUUUUAUUACUUUUCGCCGAUACACCUACGUCAUCGCUACCGUAACAUAAAUUCGUUCAAGUGACUUGUAUUACGUCGCUAAUUCAAGACGAAAUGUCAUAAAUAUGUGGCGCGCGUAACGGAUGCAUCGUUUCCUACAUUCCUUCGCCAUAAACGAAACGUAACGUUUGUUUCCUAUGUGAUGUUAUUGCUAAGUGGCGGCGGGUAGCUCAGGAAGAUGCCUUUCAAGUUGAAGUUGAAGAAGACGCGGCAGUACAAUGUAGCGUCGAAGAGCUUGUUCGUGAUAAGUGUGGAGCUGCUGGAUGGCGGGGUGGCGGACUGCACGCUGUCCGUGGACAGCACGGGGCAGGAGUGCCUCGACAACGUGUGCCAGCGGCAGGCCGUCAUGCAGCCCGAGCUGUUCGGCCUGCGCUACGUCAACCGCAGCCAGCAGCCGCGCUGGGUGCAGCUGGAGCGGCCGCUCAAGCGACAGCUCGAGAAGUACGCGUCGUCGCACCAGCUGUACCUGCGAGUCAUGUACUACGUGAUAUCAGGAACCAGCUUGAUUACUGAUGAAGUCACCAGGUACCACUACUUCCUGCAGCUGAAGAAUGAUUUGAUAGAGGGCAGGAUCAUCUGUGACUGCCAGCAAGCUGUGGUGCUUGCAUCCUACAGCAGGCAGGCAGAGUAUGGUAACCAUGACCGGGAGAGGCAUACUGUGGACUACCUCAAGAACUUGCUCACCUUCCCCAAGCAAAUGCUGGAUGGAGGGCAGAUCAUAGAUGGGAGUACACUGGCAGAGACGGGGCGGCUGGAGUGGCUGACUGAGGCAGUCAUCCAGCACCACAUGGCCCUGCACAACAUGUCACAGGCGCAAGCAGAGGAAGGCUUCAUCACGACGUGCCAGCAGCUCCGCGGGUACGGGCAGGAGAUGUUCAGCGCCCGCGACCAGCUCAACCAGAGCGAGGUCACCAUCGCCAUCUCACUCACCGGCAUCCGGGUGCUCACCGAGACCAGCGAGACUCCACACUUCUACAGAUGGAUGGACAUAACGAACGUGAUAAACCACAAGCGCACGUUCAGCAUCGAGUGCCAGAAGCAGACCGGUUCGGCCUCGUUCACGCUGGCCAGUCCCGAGGACGGCAAGUACGUGUGGUGGUCCUGCGUGCAGCAGCACACGUUCUACAUGAAGCACCAGGCAGCGCUCAGCGAGGCUCCUCGAGAUGAACACAGGCCUAAGUUCCAGGAGCACGGCCUAUCGGACAGUCGCGAGGAGCUGGACGCGCGCGAGGUGGGCAGCAUGUCCCGGCUGGAGCCGCUGUCGCCGGCGCACCGCGCCUACUCCACCUCCUGUCUCGAGCUCGCCGACCAGCACCAUCUGCAGCAUCAGCCGCCGCCGCUGCCGCAGAACAGAGCGCUCCUCCCCUCGUACCGUCCGGCCCCGGACUACGAGACCGCCAUCCAGCAGAAGUACCAGCAGCAGCGAGCCGAGGCGGCGCUGCGGUACGGGCGCGCCGCCAAGCCCUACGGCUCGCAGCCCGACAUCCCGCGCAUGUACCCCGACGUCACGCGCCACACCCCGCGCCAGCCCCCCGCCGACGACUACCCCUACCCCCUCAACUUCAUCGGCACCAACUACCCCUUCGCAGUCAACCCCAACGUGCAGACCGAUCUCAACCAGCUGCACUUCGUCAACGUGUACAAGCCGCCGCCCCCCUACCCGUCCAACGGCCUGGCCUCCAACUCCACGCCCGACCUGGCCGUGGCCAGCCAGGCCCUCAACUACCACCGCGGGUACAUCAACUCGCACGUGUCGGGCUCCAGCCCCGACCUGGUCUCCACGCGCUCCGCGCUCAACCGGCAGUACUUAGGCUACAUCAAUACUAGUCACAUUAACUACGGACGGCCUAACGUAAUGCCUGGCACGCACGGCACCUACAACAACCUGGCCUCCGUGCUGGACCCCAAGCCCCACAUCAUCCUCGACCCGCACCACAUCUCCGACAACAUCCAGAAGGUGUACGACGAGCGAGGGAACAUCAUGUACUCCAUGCCCAUGCACAGGAUGCCGUACCAGAGGCACGUCGUGCUGCCGCAGUCGCAACAGAUUAAACUAGGAGACACGCAGGAACCUAUCUAUGAAAACGUACCGUUACCGUGGCAAAAUGAAGGGAAAAUUACAAUGAGGGAUCGUGCACAGAGCCUUACCACGACCGACGAGAUCGCGAGGCUAAACGAACGCAACAGCAGUCACCCGACGAUAAACAAAUAUUUAUCUCCGAACAUAAACAUCCCGUACGCGGCCGUGAAGGUGGACAGUCCGGACAGCCACUACGUGAACGCGCAGAUCAUCAAGGGCGUGCGCGAGUCCAGCGUGCCCUCCGACCUGUCGGCGUCGAGCCGCUCCGUGCGCUCGGCGCGGGAGGGCCGGGAGGGCCGGGAGGUGCGCGAGGCCGACUUGGACAGCGUGGCGCUGGGCUGCGAGCGCGUGUCGCUGGCGGACGAGCGCGAGUGCGACGAGACGCCGUACCAGAGCCUGUCCACGCACCGCGUCAGCAACAACAACACGAUCCACAAGCCCGAUAACGUCACCUCCAUACUAGUCGGCGACGCGCGCGCGCCCGCGGCAGACAUCAGCGGCAGCACGCUCGACACCACCACCACCACCACCAACACGAGCAUGGACACCGACUCCAGCAAGGCCAGCAGCAAGGAGAAGAAGCGGCGGCGGUGGGGCGUGUUCAUGGGCCGCGCCAACAAGGCGGAGGCCCGCAGCGCCACGCUGGGUCGGUCCCGGCCCGCGCCCCCGCCCCACACGCACCGCUGGUCCACCGGUCUGCCCAAAUUCCAGCCCCUGCCUCCCAGCAUCACCAAAGAAACUAUGGUUCAAAUCCUAGAGCGCAAGAUGUCGGACGAGCAGCUGUCGUUUGCAUUCGAGCAGAUCCCGAAGGGCCGCGAGACGGGCGGGGACUUCCGCACCGCCCUGCUGCCGCAGCACGGCGCCCUCAACGGGUUCAGCGCCGACCACCUGCCCUACGAGGACAACCGAGUCAGGCUGCACCCCACGCCCAACAACCCGCACGGGUAUAUUAAUGCCUCGCACAUCACUAUGACAGUAGGUAGUACGCAACGCUUUUACGUGAUAGCGAAAGUGGGUAACGCGCCGGCCACGAGCACGACGGCGGUGACGGGGUGCACCUGCGGCGGGGGCUGCGCCCUCGUGUGGCAGGCCGCCUGGCAGGUCGGGGCGCCGCUGCUGGCGCGGGUCUCGGGGCCCGGCCAUCCGCACUACCUGCCGCAUGAUAACACCACUAAGGACUUCGGGAAGUUCCAGGUGACAUGCGGCACGUCGUCCCGCACGGUGUGGGGCGCGUCGGUGUUGGUGCGCGUGCGCAGCGGGGCGCGCGUGCGCGACCUGUGGCACGUGCACUACUCGCUCUGGCACAACGCCAACUCCGCGCCCGACUCGCACGCACACUUCCUCUCAUUCCUGUCAGAAGUGAACAGCCUCCGCCUGGCGUGCGAGGCAGAGGCGGGGUCGGGUCGCGGGGUGGGCGGCGUGCUGGGCGGCGCGGGGGCGGGCGGCUGCGCGGGCGCAGCGCUCGUGUUCUGCUGCGAGCACGGCGCAGGACGCAGCGGGACUGCGCUCGCUGCAGACCUGCUGCAUGACAUACUCGACAACAACCAGGAGCUGGACAUCCCCCGUACAAUAAGCAUGCUGCACCAGCAGCGCGCCAACCUCAUCCAGAACGUGCACCAGUACAAGUUCCUGCACCAGCUCCUGCUGCACUACCUCAAGCAGUCGCGGCUCAUAUAGCAACACUAACAUAUCGACCACAUAACGAACCGACAUAACUACGCUAACGUAACGACACACGAGUGUCCCAUGGACAGUAUAAACGUGACUUGUAACUACAUGAGAUUGACUAAUAUAAGUUUAAACCUAACAUUAUGUAUUAUCGAGCCAAUUUUAUCGAUAUUAUAAUUGUUGGACCACUCGAUACUCGACGUUGCUCAACUCGCCAGUUAUCAGAGCAUGCCUUACGCAAAUUAUAACAUAAUUUGGGCCUAAGGUUGAAUUGAAACAAUAUUGUAUUAUAUUAUGAACUUUAUACACGUAGAUGUAAGAUAUAAUAUCGAUCGACUGGAUCAUAGAUCUAUUACUUUUGAGAUUUUUACGAUUGAUGACUGAGAUGACAAUAUGUUCCACCUUCAUCUAGUGAUUUUGUAUAUUGUGUAUUUAUUUAAUGUUUUGUAAUAAAUGAUGUUUGUAUAGAAAGUGAUUUUUAUGAAGUUCAGAGUUUUUGUGAUUGUUGAAUGGAUUUAUAUGAUAUCCCUUUGUGGGUGUUUAAAUGAAUUUAUAUGUAAAUCAAUGAAAGUAUUAUUAUGUAACAGUGGGGCAGGAUGCCUGGUGUUCUUUACCGUUUGUAUUUACAUAGAAAUAAUUGUUGAAGUCAGUAUACCUGCCGCUCAAAGAUCAUACACAAAAUACUCGCGGAUUGCGUUUAGUUCUACUAUAUUUUUAUUAUUCCCCCCGCGGUGUCCUGCCUCACGCAAUCAGUUACUUGUGAAUUGUAUUGACGUGCCUUAGUCAGAGAUUAUUGAUGAUCUGAUGUUUCUAUCGCGUGCCUUCUAGGAUUAUAUUAUAAGUUGUUAUUUGAAGGAUUUCUACAAUCAUUAAGUAUAUGGUUUUUUUUUUAUAAAUUAUGUCGUUCUUCAUGCAAAAUGUUGGUUUUUAUACAUGGAAAGAUUUUUUUUCUAUCAUCAACCGUUCCAGCAAUUUUUAUAUUGUUUUAGUGAAAAACAAAAUCAAUUUAUUUCUUUAUUUUUUAAAAUGGAUAAAUAACAUGUAUAAUUAUUAAGACUGCAUUUAGUAUUCUGAAAUAUUUGACUCCCUAUACGGGUUUGAGCGUGAUUUUUGAUCAGUUUUUAUUAAAAAUUAUAAAAUGAAUGACAUAUCCAGUUAUCAUGUAUAAAUAUGUUUUAAUAUACAAUAUUUUGUAGUGAAGAACGAACACAAAGAAUGUUGCGUGAGAUUGUUGGAAUCCUUCGUGAUGGCUGUUUGAUACCGCUCGUAAUGAUGUGUCGACAUGUUCAGUCGCGCACCUGUUAUACAAGUAUUAUAUGCCUAUAAAGUUGUUGAAAUUUACAAGGGAAAUCUCUCAGGUAGGGCUUGACAGUGAGAUCAAUGUCUAUGGAGUAAUUUCUACCAAUAUAUAACUUAGAUUUUAUAUCAUAAUCAUGAAGAAAUCAUAUCUUAGUGCUUUAUAUUUUAAAGACAUCAUGUUUAUUCUCAUUAUUAUCAGUAGCAACAAAUCGGACGAGCCAUCUGAUGGUAAAUUAUCACCAUUAUGUUGUCUAAGUACAUCUCCAGUACUUAAAAAAAUACAUCGUUACAUCAACAGCCUCUAAGUGGCCACUGCUGACCAAAGGUCUCUUCUCGCAUGGAGAAGGUUUGAGCAUUAAUCACCAUACUUGCAUUGAGCAAGCAGGUUGGCAAAAAGUGCACACUAUCUCCAUAAUACGGUUUCACUGUCGAGCUCUGCCCACCCUGUGCAGAUUAGUGCAUGCAAUGUGUUCAUAUACUGUAUGUAUUCGUAGUUUCGUACUCUAGUCCGCCGGCAACUCCAUAUUAUUGUUAGUUUGUUAGCUUGUACAUUGAGCUUCGACUUGUUUGUAUGCACAAAUUAUAUUAUCACAUAAGGUUUUACAUCUUAUAGUCACUAAUGUUUUUUUACAGAGUUAAUGUGUUCUUUUUGUGAUGUAUUUAUGACUAAAAACAAUCUUGGUAGGCCCAUUAUUGAUUUGUACAUACAUUUUAACAUUUUACGGACCCUAAAGAAUUAUUUUGGCUAUUAAACUGUUAAUCUUUUUAACCUUUAGCUAAUACUUUUUAACAAGACUAUCCCAUAAACCUUAAAAAAGUAAGAAAUGUGUGGAUUUGAUCUAAAAUAUUUUGUGUGCCAAACUUUUAAUUGUAAUUAUCUUUGGGGACCCAGUACAGAAAUAAUGAAAUUAUUUUAACUUUACUAAAAUACAGUGUUGUACAGAUUCUGCCUUGAUCCUGCAUGUUUUGUAUUGCAGUUACUUCUACAAUAAUUCCAGUAUUGAUAUUUUAUACAUUGUGGAUAGUCCUGUCAGGCAUGAGUGCCGUGAUGUUCAGACGGGAGAAAUAUUCAAAACUUCGUGAGAAACUGACAAUAAAAUACUAAGAAACGUU